AUGUCCGAUUCAGAAGAUGAACGUACAGAGUUUGUAGAUAUUAUGAAUGAUGAAGAGGAGUACCAAAAGGAUGAUGAUAAAAAACUAAAAUCAACGCCCAGAAAACGUAAAACAAGCUACACUCUGCGAGGACUAGACCCUGAAGAAAUUACAGAGUUACGGGCCAAGAUAAAUAGCCGAGAGCGGAAGAGGAUGCACGACCUUAAUUUGGCUAUGGAUAAUUUACGUGAAGUUAUGCCGUACGCCAAAGGACCAUCUGUACGUAAACUAUCUAAAAUUGCCACAUUAACUCUCGCCAGGAACUACAUCCAAACUCUGACUAAAUCAGUGGACGAAAUGAAACGUUUGCUGGAUGAAAUCUACCGUUCGGCGGCUUCGAACCAGCGUCAUUCCAACACAACUGUACCGUUACCGUACCUUCAUACAUCCGGGACCUCACUCUGUGGACCUACCGCCUAUCCUCUUUCCAUACCUAGCGGCUACUCUCCGUCAUUUGGACCCAGUCUAAGACAUUCUGUGCCUCCACAUUUGUCCACUUGUUCUCUCCUCUGUUCUUGCAGAACAUCGACAUCUUCUAGUUUUCGACCUUCAGCUCCCAUGUUGCAAUCAGCGUCACAAAGACAUAUGCUUCAACCACCUAUAUAA